AGCGACCCACCCCGUCCCCGUCCCCGUCUCCUCCUCCUCCCCCCACCCCACCUCCCUCCAUCGCCACCAGAAGCGAGUGAAACAGCGCAAACCCUUGCUCCGAUUCCCCUCUCCUCGGCGGAAGUAGCGGAGCAGGUGCUGAGGCGACGGCGGCCAUGUGGCCCGGCUGCGGCGGGCGGUUCUACUGGGCGCCGGAAUCGGCGCCGCCGGGGCAGGCGAGGGGCGUCGCGGUGGUCUUCGCGUGGGUGUGGAGCGACGAGGCGCAGCUGCGGCCGUUCGUCGAGCUCUACGCCUCGCUCGGGUGGCGGUGCCUCGUCUGCCACCCCGACCUCGUCGCGCUAUAUCUCUCUGAGAAAGCAACAUCACUGGCAACUGGUAUUAUUAGUGAGCUGGUUAAGGAACUGAAAGUAAAGCCUCUGCCAACCGUUCUUGCUUCCUUUUCUGGUGGCUCUAAGGGAUGCAUGUAUAAGGUUAUUCAGUUACUAGAUGGAAGAUGCGAAGGGGAUGCGACCAUGAAGGACUAUCGGUUAGUGAGAAACUGCAUCUGCGGGCAAAUUUAUGACUCUAGCCCUGUAGAAUUUACCAGUGAUGUGGGCACCCAGUUUCUCCAAAAGUCUGCAGUUGGAAAUUCAUUUCAGUCAUCCGUAUUACGUUCAUGGAUGGCAAAGGCUUUGGCAUCUGGCAUGGAUACUCUCUUCCCAAGCAGAAUUGAAGCUCAGCGUGCAGAGUACUGGCACACACUAUACUCAUCAGCAGGAUUGGGUCCUGUUCUUAUAUUUUGCUCAGAAGAUGAUAAUCUCGCUCCAAGCCAUGUUAUCUGUGGUUUUGCGAGGCGUCUGAUUGAACUAGGCACAGAUGUUAAACUUAUGAAAUGGAGCGAUUCCCAACAUGUUGGUCAUUACAAUUCACAUGAAGCUGAAUACAGGACAGCUGUAAAUGAUAUGCUGAAGAAAGCUCUCAUUACCUUCUGCCACCGAAGCCAGCUGUAUGACUCAAAUAUGGCAGGUGAUCGGGAAUACAAGAUAGCGCAUUCAGUCUGCAGUCUACACAAUGCGGCAGCAAAUUCAAAUGAGAGCUUAAGAAGGGUUGCCAACAGUCCUAGUGAUCACUUCUUCCUGCCAAGUUCGAAGGAUCAUGACGAGUCUAGGGAACCAGGUUCUCUGAUUGAAGACCAGAGGCGCCACUUAUCCCAUCCACCCAGCAUGGAGCCUAAAGGAGUCCUUGGCCAGAUCCUGUUUGAUGUUUGUGUUCCGAAGAAUGUUGAAGGAUGGGACAUCAAGCCGACAGUAUCCUCAAAUGGGCGGCCAACAUUCGCUUCAGCCCGGCAACUUGGCCCGUUCAAUCCCAUCAAGUACUUCAGACGUUCAAGACUAUAGUUUGUUGCAGGAGUUGAGAAUUUUGUGUAUAUAUUGGAGGCAAGGUAUCUAAUGAUAACUCUGAGCAAGAUUUCACCUAUGUAAGUUCCCUUGAAUUGUUUCUAUUUUCCUUUUGCACCGCUUGGCGAGAGAAUGUGCAUAUGCUUUGUAUAUCAUAUGAGUGUGUAUUAGAAAUGAGAUCGUGGACAUAGGUUUUAGGUGGGUUGUAAGGUGCAUACUAACAAUGAAUAGCGAAGGGAAUGAUUAUUAUGCCUUUGUAGUUUCCUCUAAUUCUCAUGUUCAUCAAAUCUAAUUAUCUGAAAAUCUUUUUUCUCCA